AUGGCCCCCCGACUCCGAGCCUGCCAUUGCCCGGCAUGGUACUGCGUGACAAAUACCGUUUCGCGACAAUCGCAUGGCGCAAAUCCGCCAAAUCCCUGGCGGAGGAGAGCUCGACCCGGCCACGUGUCUACGGCCGACUACUCUACGGUCACACCCGCGCCUGCGCCGACGCCCGGCGGCCCCGCGGAUGCGAUCGCCGAUGCCGAUGCCGACAUUGCCGCCCGCCACAAACACUCGGAAACACCAACGGUACCCCGGCUCAGUACCCGCGACAUCGAAGAGGCAAGACUCUCCCUUGCGGCGAUUAUGGAGAAAACGCACACAGGAGACCUUGCGCAUCUUGUCAAGUCGGCAGACUUCUACUCUGACGUCUUCUCCGACCCCCUACGAGUAAAAAAUGUCCUGGCUUCCAUCUGUGCCUUCAGGCGUGGUUCUUUGGUGGGCUACAAGGCAAAUUACCUCCAGAGGAGGGAGAGGCGGAUUUGGAGCUACAAUAAGAUGUGCGGCAUCCCAUGGAUUAGGACAAACCCAACAGUCAGAAAUAAAAAGGGCCUGGUCAAGUGUGAACUAGCCAUCGCUCUCGAAGUCAAGGAGGGCAUAGAUCAUCGGGAACCCAAAAAACCAAUCCACAUGCAGAAUGGUCAGAACGGGGUGACCUGGCUUGUUGAUCGGCUUCUUGAUGAGGCGUACAAUAUCGACGUCGGACCCAAUGCGCCCGGCCAGGUUGACCCGCGGACACGCCUUGAUUCGGCUUGGAACCAGAUCCGCAUGCUGCGGUCAGACGGCUAUCCCAACUACACCUACCCUCAACUCGAUCCCAAGCAGGCCGCCUUCUCUCGCUCCCACUUGAACGAGCUAAACAGCCAGAUUAUGAGCGCAUGGGGCUCACGCAGCAGAGUGGCUUCAGUGGCGAAAUUAUGCUAUAAUCUCCUCGUCUCCCCCGUCCCACCCGGGAUCGAUAACUACAAUACGCUCCUACUGUCCUUUACCCGGAUCGGCGAGUACGACCUGGCGCGGGCUGUUGUGCGCUUUAUAUUUUCCUCUCGUCUCAGACCUACAAAGGCGACGACGUUGUGCCUGCUCCAGUACUACCGACUGAGCGACGAUGUUGCCGGGUUUCGAGACCUCAUCCGGCGUAUCAUCGGCCAUCACGUCCGGGGGAUGAGGUUGCGGUCGAACCCGUUGAGGGCCCUGGAAAACAGCAACUUCCUACGGGAAUGGGUUCUGAAUUCAGAUGUUGCCCUCACGAAAGGUGUGCUUGUCGAGCGCGCUGAGCUGGACCAUACUCACUUUCAGGCCAUCGUGGAGUGCUUGAUAGAUUUCGGCCUGCUCGGACUCGCCGCCAGAGUCUUUGUCGUUUAUCUGCGAGGAUACUGGGCUCAAAGUCCCGAGCUUAUAUUAGACCUUCUCAAUGCAUGCAUGUUCAGGCUGGACGACGUGGCGGUGCGCAUUCUCAUUCAAGGGUUUCUCGAGAACAUCGACGAGGCAACAUCGAUGAUCCUCGACUCGGAGGCUUUUAGCGGCGAGGCUGUUAAUAAGUUACGGCACUUGCUUGUCAUAUGCCAGGCAGCGACACUGAAGUCUCGGAGUGUCUCUCCUCUUCGACCUCACUCAAAGAUGUCGCCGGGAGGAGACACCCUAGUCCAUCUUGCGACAGCCAUCUGGAUCAGGGAAUCCUCCAACGACCUUGAUCUCAAGAACAUCGGUUUGAGGAGAAUAGAAGCUCGGAUUACCGAUAAUGUCCGCGCACCGGCGGGCCAACGGGCGGACCUCGAUGAUGUGUCGACAGGAGCAACCGCCGACGGAGUUCAGCGCACGCGCCCACUAUUCCCAAAUGAAAUUCGGUGGCCACUAUUGAUCAGGGCUACGUGGGCAGCAGGAAUCACCGACCAGUAUCAAGGUCGCUCAGGACGCACGCUAUAUGGUACUCUACGUGUGCAAACGAUGGCCUCCAUGUUCUUUCUCAAUGAGCAAUACUACACAUUACGGAGGGAAAUCGAAGACACGUUACUGCAAUGGGCGCGGUUUUCAGUAGAGAAACCAGAUCAGGGGCCAGCUGCUGACCAGGGGGGGAUCAAGCUUCUGUUUCGGGUUCUUGAGAUUGUAAUUUUGCCGGCAGUCAAGCGCGAUGCAUGCUUCGCAAUUUUCGGAGAGGCGAAUCGACAGCUCAAGUUGGCCUUUCAAGAGGCUCUUCCACCGGAGCUUGUACCCGAGGAAUUGGCCAUGGGACCAGAACAUAAGCAGGAGCAGGAGCAGGAGCAGGAGCAGGAGCAGGAGCAGAAGCAGAAGCCGAACCCGAAGCAAACCCCUUCGCAAUCCUCGAGGAGUUUUUGCCAUCGGACUACAAUGGCCCCCCACCUGCCAUGA